GCGGGGCGAGACCGCGGUGAGUGUCGGCCUGAGGUCCGGCGGCGGCGGCGGUGAGGAGAGGAGGCGAAGAGGAGGAGAGGCCAACUGAGAUCAGGCACCAUGGGUGAGCCUCAGCAGGUGAGUGCUUUGCCCCUCCCUCCAGCCCAGUACUACAAGGAGUACACGGAUGAGAACGUGCGCAAGGGCUUUGCCCCCAAGCCACCGCCACCCAUCCGGGACAACUACACAAUGUUCGGCAACCAGUUCCUGUGUGACGAUCUGAUCAUCCGGCCGCUGGAGGGGCAGGGCAUCGAGAGGCUGCACCCUACGCAGUUUGACCACAAGAAGGAGCUGAAGAAACUCAACAUGUCCAUCCUGGUGAACUUCCUGGACCUGCUGGACAUCUUGAUCAAGAGUCCAGGCAGCAUCAAGCGGGAGGAGAAGCUGGAGGACCUCAAGCUGCUCUUUGUUCACAUGCACCACCUGAUCAACGAGUACCGUCCGCACCAGGCCCGCGAGACGCUGAGGGUCAUGAUGGAGGUUCAGAAACGGCAGCGGCUGGAGACCGCCGAGCGCUUCCAGAAGCACCUGGACCGGGUGCUGGAGCUGAUCCAGGGGAGCCUGUCCUCGCUGCCUGAUGACCUGUCCACGACCCCCCACCUGCGGCCCAAGUCCGAGCCCAUGGACAUGGAGGAGGGAGGCACAUGUGCCCAGCCGGGAGCGGAGGCCGAAGCUUUGGUGAAGGAGGAGGAGAUCAGCGACAUGGACCUGGCCAUGUGCUCCAUCAUCGAUGACAUGACGUAGAGCGGCCGUGAGCCAGUGAGCCGCGCCCGCUCUGUGUGCCAGGCUGCUGCAGAGGCCGAACACACGGGUAGGGUUUGUGAUGGUAGUUAGUGCUGUAGGAGAGCCUGCCCUGAGGUGUGGUGGGGCGUGAGGGCUCGGACAGUCCGUGCAGAGGGGGGACGGCCAGGCUGGAGACUGUACACCGCGGAUUCUCACAGCAGACGUGCCCUGCGGAGGCCGGGCAGCCUCGGCCACCCUUGGAACAUCCCCAAAGGAUCAGCAUGCUGGAGUAACAGCGUGGCAGGCAGCAUCCCUUGAGAACAGGGAAAGGUGACCAUUCAGGUCGGAACCCUUCGUCAGCCUUGACUUGAAACGUCACCUAUCCAUGUUCUCCAUGUUGUCUGACCCACUGUGUUACUCCAGCACUUUGAGUACUUUUCAUAAGUUAUAGGAGCAGAAUUAGGCCAUUUGGUCCAUCAAUUCUACUACACCAUUCAAUCAUGGCUGAUCUAUCUAACCCCAUUCUCUAGCCUUCUUCCCAUAACCCCUGAUACCUGUCACGACAGCACGUGUGGCACCUGCGGCACGGUGGUGCAGUGGUAGAUUUGCUGUCUUCUAACGAACUUUUACAUUGCCAGAGAUCCAGGUUACACUACGGGUGCUGUCUGUACGGAGUUUGGACGUACUCCCCAUGACCUGCCUGGGUUUUCUCUGAGAUCUUUGGUUUCCUCCUACACUCCAAAGCCGUAUAGGUUUGUGGGUUAAUUGGCUUGGUAUAAAUGUAAAUUGUCCCUAGUGUGUAUCAUAGUGGUAAGGUGCAGGGAUUGCUGGGCAGUGCAGACUUUGUGAGCUGAAGGCCCUGUUUAGACGCUGUAUCUCUAAACUAAACUAAUGAAGAAUCUGUCAAUCUCUGCCUACCUUCCUUGUUUCCAUGUUGGGACGUCCCACGAGGUUCACCAGUGAAGUGUUGAGAAUCCCAGAUGGUACAUUCCCCUGCAGUGUUCGAGCCCAUCAUUUCACAAACCCACCAUUGUUGGAUCUCGGUGAACCUACGUCCAAAACCAUUCUCCUACGCUGAGUGGCGCCUACUGUCUCUCAUGAGGUGAUUGGGCUGAGUAUUGGUCGGAGGUUCGGCCGGGCGUAGGGGUUGGGAUUGUGACCACGUGAUGCCAUUGCCCCCCCCCCCCCCCUUGUCUUGCACCUACCCCAGCCAAUGGCAGUACCUCGAGGGAAAGUGUUGCUCAGAUUGUGGGCCACUGUUCUACCCUGUCCUCGGUUACCCGGCUCUUUGAAGCCAGACGCAGCUACACAGUAACUCUCCAGGUACUGUCACAGCCAGUGGAGACCUGGAUCAGCUCCUAUGGGGAAGUAUGUGUGACCCCAGGGGGGAGUAUGCUUGACCCGGGGGCAGCAAGUGUGGCCAGUGCACAUCCCUCUAUGUACAUGGAACUGUGGGCAUCUCUAACUAUGUAGGGGACUGGAUCUGUGCGUUUCACUUCUGGGGUAAUUGCACACCCUUGCCUCGCUGUACUGAAUGUUAGUCUCAUGUAUGUCUUCAAUUAAAAUCUCUUUUCAUAGACGCGUA